GUUUGUUGGGCCCAUUAUGGCGGUCACUGAUUUUGGAAAUAAAGAUGAUAAAGCAAGGGCAUUUUUGGAAAAUCACAACCUAACUCAGUUGCGCCGGUUUAUAUAAUGUUAAUCGAUUCCAAAGACGGAAGUGGAAGAAGUGUUUUAGGGUUUCUGUUCUGGUGCUCCGGCGCCGAUUUUCAGGUUUGAAACAAUGUCUCGUGUGUACGUGGGUAAUCUGGACCCACGAGUUUCUGAGCGUGAGCUUGAGGAUGAGUUUCGUGUGUUUGGAGUUAUUCGAAGUGUGUGGGUUGCCCGAAGGCCUCCUGGCUAUGCUUUCAUUGACUUUGAUGAUCGAAGGGAUGCUGAUGAUGCAAUCCGUGAAUUAGAUGGCAAGAAUGGGUGGAGGGUUGAAUUAUCUCACAAUUCUAGAGGUGGAGGUGGGCGUGGAGGUGGAGGUGGUCGUGGGCGCUCUGGUGGUUCUGACUUGAAAUGUUACGAGUGUGGCGAGCCAGGUCAUUUUGCUCGUGAGUGCCGCAUGCGAGGUGGUGCAGGAAGACGCCGCAGCCGCAGCCCUAGAUAUCGUCGUAGCCCAAGCUAUGGACGAAGCCCCCGAGGACGAUCUCCAAGACGCCAAAGCCCCUCUCCUCGUGGACGCAGCUACAGCAGGUCUCCACCAUACCGUGGACGUGAAGAAUUAACGUAUGCCAAUGGAAAUGGUGCCAGGGAUCGUCGCCGAAGCAGGAGCUGAGAUUCAUCCACCAGUCUUUGCUCUGUUCUGGCAACAUUGGGAUUAAUUGUGUUUAGUAUGUUUGGACUUCAAUACGGACUAUGUUUUAAUUAGGCAACGCCCACAGGCUCUUGGACUUGGAUAAGUGUUCUUCUUUCUUAAUUGCUAUGAUGGUUUCCUUUUGCUUAUCUAUGCUGGAAAGUCCUAAUGUGCUUAAGAAAUUACAUAGGCGACAGGGAUAUAAUCACUAAAUUUAUUGAGAAAGCAUUCCUGAGAACUCUGCUAAAAAGUUCUUGCUUUUUUUUUUUUUUUUUUUUUUUUGAGGUGUCUUCAUUGGUUUUCUGCUUCUACACCCCCUUGAGGUUUUCUUGUUUGCUGCCUUGCUAUGGGGAUAUGGGAUCUUCAAUGCUCGGAAAAUUGUGGGUCCCAUUUUCGUCACAUCUCUAGAUGCUACUGUUUGAAUCUCUCCCCAGCUGUGAUGUCUCUCCCUCAAAACUCUAUUGGCAUUUCUUUUCUUUAACUUAUAAAAGGAUUUGAGGAGCUGCGCUUCUGGCAGGUACUUAUAUCUGUUCCACAGAAGUUGGUUUUGGGGGUCCUUAAACAGUGGGGUUUGGUAACUUUUAGAUCUUAUGUUGUAAAUUCUCAUUAGCACUAAGAAGUUAUGAAAGGAUUUACAAGAGAUGCUCUUUUUGUCUUUUUCUUUUUUGGGUAGGAAAUUGAUGGAUUUGGAAUGCAAUGAAUUUUCUCACUGGUUAUUUUAUUUAAGGACUUUUUUGGUCAUUCAGAUGACAGGAAGAAUGAAUUUGGAAACUUCUGUCGGGUUGGAAAGUCAGGAUUCUGGACCCUCCUCAUAGUGUCUGCAUCAGAUGAAACAUCUUGGUAGAUGAGUCUUUGACAUUUGCACUAGGUUUGAGGAUGGGAGUCCGGGAGUGGGAUGGUCAAAAAGUGAUUAGGGUAGACAUCUAGGGGGGUAGGUGUUGGGUGGUUAAGGUGGUUAAUAAAUGCUGCACUGAGCU